AUGCGCGCCACUCGGGGCCCUUGCCGGACCAUCGCGUUCCAUCGCGUCCAAGGCGCGCCCACCAUUAUCCUUGCAACCACUCCCACAUGCGCGAACACGAGCGAUCGUCCCCUCGUCGUCUCGGUCCUCACUCCUGGCAUCCUUCACGUCGUCGGCACACCCGCGCCAAAGCCCUCGGCUGCAUCAAACGUCAACCCGGAUGUGGCAACAGGCAAGGUUUCCGAGAAGAAGCAGGCCAUCACGGACUGGCGAAUUCUGCGGCAGCUCGCGACAAACGUCUGGCCUAAAGGCAACAACAAAGUCAAAGUCAGAGUGAUCGCCGCGCUCACUCUGCUGGUCGCGGGCAAGGUCUUAAAUGUCCAGGUACCGUUCUUCUUCAAGGCCAUCGUCGAUGGUCUCAACAUUCCUAUCACUAGCGACACCAGUUUGUUGGUUGUCGCGGGUGCAUCGAUCGCCGGCUACGGCCUUGCGCGUAUCUUCGCAACCGUCUUUGGUGAGACGCGUAAUGCCGUGUUUGCAACCGUCGCCCAGGGCACAAUCCGCAAGGUCGCUCGCGAGACGUUCGGUCACCUUCUCAACAUGGACAUGAAGUUCCACCUCGAGCGCCAGACUGGCGGCCUUACGCGCGCAAUCGACCGCGGCACCAAGGGUAUCUCGUUCAUCCUCUCGUCCAUCGUCUUCCAUGUUAUCCCCACGGCCCUCGAGAUCUCGAUGGUGUGCGGCAUCCUCACGUACAAGUUUGGCUACACGUUCGCGGGCGUCACGGCCUUCACUAUGCUCCUGUACACCUGGUUCACGGUCCGCACGACCGCGUGGCGCACUCAGUUCCGAAAGCAGGCGAACGCGGCCGACAACAAGGGCGCAACGAUAGCCGUCGACUCGUUGAUCAAUUACGAGGCGGUCAAGGAGUUUAACAACGAGAAAUAUGAGAUCAAGCAGUACGACGAGACGCUCAAAACGUACGAGAACGCGUCGGUUAAGAUCGCUACUUCACUUGCGUUCCUCAAUUCGGGGCAAAACAUUGUUUUCUCAUCAGCGCUGACGAUGAUGAUGCUGCUCGGCGCGCAGGGGAUUAUCAACGGCACCAUGACUAUUGGCGACCUCGUGCUUGUCAACCAGCUCGUCUUCCAGCUCUCGCUUCCACUCAACUUCCUCGGUACGGUUUACCGCGAGCUGCGCCAGAGCCUGAUCGACAUGGAGGUCAUGUUUAACCUCCAGAACGUCGAGCCUCUGGUGCACGACAAGCCGACUGCCAAGGCGCUCCACCUGCGGGGCGGUGAGAUCCGCUUCGAGAACGUCAACUUUGGCUACCACCCCGACCGCCCGAUUCUCCAGAACCUGAGCCUGACGAUCCCCGCUGGCAAGAAGGUUGCGCUGGUCGGCCCGUCGGGUUGCGGCAAAUCGACCGUCUUCCGCCUCCUCUUCCGAUUCUACGACCCGCAGUCGGGUCGCAUCCUUAUUGACGGGCAGGACAUCGAGGACGUUUCGCUAGAGUCGCUCCGUCGCUCUAUCGGCGUCGUCCCUCAGGACACGCCCCUGUUCCACAAGGACAUUUUGCACAACAUUCAGUACGGUCGUCUUGACGCGACCAAGGAGGAGGUGCUGGAGGCGGCGCGUAAGGCACAGCUUGACAAGACGAUCGCUCGCCUUCCAGAUGGGUACGCGACCAAGGUCGGUGAGCGCGGCCUGAUGAUCUCGGGUGGCGAGAAGCAGCGUGUCGCUGUCGCCCGUCUACUGCUCAAGGAUGCGCCCAUCAACUUCUUCGACGAGGCUACCUCGGCUCUCGAUGUGUACACCGAGACAGAGAUUAUGCGCAACAUCAACGCGACUCUUGUGGACGGGCAGAAGACGAGCGUGUUCAUCGCGCAUCGUCUGCGCACAAUCUCGGACGCUGACGUCAUUAUCGUGCUCCAGGAGGGCCACGUUGUCGAGCAGGGUACGCACGAGGAGCUCCUCCAGAUUACUGGUGGCGUCUACUACAACCUGUGGCAGGCACAGCUCACGGAGAGCAUCAAGGAGGAGGUGGAGGUGUACGAGAGUGACCCCGAGGUGCUCACGGACGCGGCCAAGGAGGUGACCAAGUAG